UCGGGUGUUCCACUCCACUUCAAUGUGACACAACCUUCGCGGUGAUCGUGCUGUGUGAUUCACAAGGAGGGGUGGAUAUCGCAGUUUCAUUCUCUCGCCUGCAUUUUCUCACAGAAGCAAAAGAUGUCGAACAAUACUUGGCAAGGAAAUGAAACAGCACUUUAUACGAAGUACCCAGUCUUCGCUCUAAUAUUUGGAUCUAUUACGGCACUGGGUCUGCCUCUCAAUGCUCUGUCACUCUGGAUUCUGCUCUGCCGCCACAGCCUCACAUCCCCCAGCACUGUCUUCAUGGUCAACUUGGCAGUCUCAGACCUGCUGCUCGUCAUCACCUUGCCCAUGAGGGUCUACUUUUACGCCUCGGGCACCUGGCAGCUGGGCAGUAUUGCAUGCGUCUGUACCACAAUGCUCUUUCGCAACAACAUCCGCUCCAGCUCCAUCUUCAUCACUUUCAUCAGCGUGGACCGACUGCUGGCUGUGGUUUAUCCCCUGAGGUCACGCCAUCUACGGACCUCGGCCAACGCAUGGAGAGCUGUUGUGCUCCUGUGGCUGUUUGUGUUGGGGCUGAACUUACCGGAGAGUGUGGCUUUUUCAAAAUUUUUAAACGGGAGAAAUGAUUCAUACUGUUUUGAAUUUAGGCACAUUUCGAAUCGUCCUGUAUCUACCACCACAUAUGUUCAUGUGGCGUUAGUGUUAACCAUGCUGGCAGUCAACCUCGUGUGCACUGCUAUGGUGUCUUGGACCCUACGCAGACAUCUGAAUGAAUCUUCCAGGGUCAACAACAAGGUGAAUGUCAUGGUGAUUUUUAUCAUGAACUUGACGAUGUUCACUGUAUUGUUCUUGCCUGUGUCACUGAUUGCUUUCUCCAACGACGUGGGGGUUUAUCUCACACCACUGACAUGUCUUGCUAGUUGCAACUGCUGUCUGGACCCAGUGUUGUAUUACUUUUACUUAGAUGGCUUCUGGAAGAAAGAAGAGGAUGUGGAAAUCUCUCUGGCAAGAGAAUAGUUUUCGAUGACGAUAGACAGUGACAGGUGGAACCACUUCACAGAAUGUACAUGAUUUGUUUGUGUGUGGAUGUGCGAUGUGAAAAUCAACACCUGUAAUAGUAUAUUUUAUAAAUAAAAAUUUAACUUUUACAUUA